UAAAUGUUAUGCACAAAUGGAGGAAGCUUACUCUAAAUCAGGAUGGCAAUAUUAUAUCGCCAUAAGUGAGAAUGGAAAAGAAGUUGUCAAGUUUGGCAUUCAGAGAGAAAAAAAUGAGAUCGUUGGAUCUCUGACAACGUACGAAGUCGACGGAAAUAAAGUCUCCCAAGUCUCCGCUAGUUCGUAUACAAUUAAUGCAAACUAUAUACGAGGAGCUCCACAUUCUAUUAUGCCAACGUGGAGUCUAGCCAUAUCCAAUGCGAAUAAGAAUGGAAAAAUUUUAGUUGCACUUUCCUAUUUCCCAAUUAACGGAAAAACUCCUGAAAAUGACAUGGAUUUAGAAUCUGGACGUGCACCUUUGCAAGAUCCCAGUUCAACGUACGUGCUCGUGAUGGAUCGUAAUAGCUCUGAUAAAUGGAAAAGGAUAGGAACGUCAUUAGAUGAGGUUGCUGGAGUAGUCAAUGUUGCAUCGGACACUGACUCGGAUAAGUGGCUACUGACAGUAUCAAAUGAAGGAGGAAUCUUUAAAUGUAACAUUGAUCCGGAGAAGAAAAGACAUACAAGAAAAUACAGAACCUUGGAUGAAGCUGGUGUAUGGUUUCGUGAUAUCCCGAAGGCAUACAGACAUAACAUGAAAGUUAAGUGGAAAGACCUAUCCAGCAAAGCUUGCUUUCAAUUUUUAACAAGGAUGAUCAAGUCACAUACGUACGUUGAACCUGAGCCAAAGAAGAAAAGACUUCGUGUGUACAAUCUAAUUACGGGAAGGCACCUUUUCGAUCUUCAACACCAUGGCGAUCCGAGUCUAAUUGGUUUUGAUACACCAGUACUGGCAAUAUCGAAAAAUGGUACUUUGUUGGCAGUUAGUCUCGAUACUACGUCAAUCAACAUUUAUCUGAUGGAAAACGGUUUAGAAUGCGGAAGAAAGGAUGUAUCGAAAUUGUAUAGAAUAAUAUUGAUUGAAUUCAUCAAUAAUGACGAAUGUUUACUAAUUAUCAGAGAAUCUAGAAAAACAGGCGAAUUAGAGGCUACCGUGUGGGAGUUAUUCACGUGCAGAAAAGACAGAGGUAUAAAAAUUAAUUUACCAAAUGGCUUCUUUCAUGAAAGACCGAAUCUUUAUGGCGUCAGAUGGGCUGGCAAUACGACACUAUUUGUCACAGACGAAGGUGAAUUAAAGUCAGUUCUUGACCACUUCGAUCCGGAAAAGGGAGAAGUCAAUGGAGGAGAGGACUCACCAAUUGUGGCUGACCGACAAUUAGAAUAUUCAAAAGCAUACGAGUUAAAUGGAAAAAUACACGAACUACCAGAUUCCAAAUUUACACAGCUGAUCAUAUGUAGGAUAGAACCAUGGAUGACGGACGGUAAUCAGAUAAUAGGUGCAUGGUUAGAUGAAAAUAAGGAAGGGGAAAGUCGAAAACAACUUCUUAUCGGAAGAGAUUCUAUACAAAUAUGGGAGCGCCUCUCAGACCAUAAGUUCGAUCUCACAAUCAAGCGGGAGGAUGUCUUGCACAUCGUAUGGCCAAUUGAUCCCAGUAAAGUGGUUGUAGACGCAUGUAAAGCACUUGAAUGGUUGGAUAGGAAGAAGAACGAAAACCAGUUGCACGAAAACCAGUCGCACGAAAGACGUAUAUUGUUCGAUGAAAUCAAACAUCGCGUUACCAAUAUGGUUUACAUCUUUAUUAAAGAACAUCCUGAUGAAUGGCGUCUGCUCGAAGUGCGACACGACUUGAUGAGUUCUUUAAUCAUUGGAGGAUGUUAUCGCUUGACACAUGACUUGCUUAAGGUUAAUGAUGGUGAAAGUGAAGAUGAACAUAAUUGUCGUCCGUUACACAUUCCGCGAGAAUACUCAUGGCUUAAUGAUGACGGAAAACGGAAGAAAACUGAUAUAGAGGUGGCCAUCGAGACAAACGUCGAGUUGGCCGAGGACUUACUCACAUAUUAUGCUCAUCAUGCCAAAACUCAUUGUGGUUGGAUGUGUACUGCAGGAGGAGCUCUGUUGUCCCCUAAGCCGAAAUCAUCUAAAGGAUGUACUGUAAGAGGAGCUCUGAAGAAGGUCUGUGAGUUCUUUAAUCCGAAACCAUCUAAAGUAGACGAUUUGGAUAUUCUAAGAAAGAGAUUUUUGGCUCAUCCAACGUUCGCCGGACAUUCAUUCCAUCAUCAUCAACAUCCUUCUGCAUCUUACACGACCAUUUUUCGAUCGUUACCAAAUAUUCGCGAUGACUUGGAGCGGUUAACGGAAAUUGACGUAAUUGCAAAUCAGAGACACGCCCAUUUGACUACGGCGCUAAAGUUCAGGUUGUUCGCAGACCAAUGGAUGCGACGAGUUCAGCACAUUAAGUUAGCAAAGUUUAUAUCCGCCCCCUUUUCAUUUGUUUUGAAAAGAGUCGGAGCUAUGUUUGACCGAGUAAGGGAUCCUGAAACACGUAUAAACACCGUGCGUCGUGUUCCGGUACCAGUUAACGAUGACGGUAUCGUUCCGAUUCUAGAAAAGGCUGUGAAUGCUGAGAAUAAUGAAAUAUUUUUUGACAACCCGGUUAUUUCUGGGCUUAUCAAUUAUGCAUGGGAUGACGCAUCGCGUCUCUAUUUCAUCUUUUUGUUUGUGUUUUUUUGUUAUUUGAUAAUAUUUGAUGUAUUUGUAUGGCAAUACAUUCAUCAAAACAAUAGUCAUUAUGCUAUAGUUGUAUGCUUCCUUGCAAUUGGGGUCUAUUAUGCAAUGUUUCAAAUGCGGGCAAUGGUCCGUCAUCAGCAAAGAGUCUUGUUCUUUAGCGUAAUCAACAUAUGUUCGGCCGCUCUUCCGAUAACAACAGCUGUAGUCUUGACAUCCAGAGCAACACGUGGUGAAAAUGGGGCGUGGGGAUUUGGUCAGACGGAAAUAGACAGAGGCAUCCUUUUCCUUAUUUCCAUGAGUACAUUCAUCAUGUGGUUCCAAUUACUGUUGCUUCUGAGACCGUUUGAAGCUAUUGGCUCUUAUGUGUUCAUCAUCAGCAACAUAAUCUCGCACAUUUUACCGUUCUUGACGUCAUUGUUUAUACUCGUCGUAGCGUUCGGGCAUGCCAUGUACGUGCUUUUGCAUGAUCCAACACAAAUUGGUUUAUCACCAAAUGUUCUGCGGCUCGGUGUCAACACUACAACUUCUAAUGGCGGCGUCGAACAGACGAAUUAUACAGUAUAUCAAAACUACAAUCCGCAAGAUGUGUCUGACAAUAGUUUUGCAACUUUAUGGACUUCCGUGUUAUCCUCUUACAAUUGGAUGAAUGGAAGAUGGGAUAAUGUGGACUGGAAUUAUUAUCCAGUUAUAAUCUUCACCGUCAUUGCAAGCUUGCUUCUAGUUAUUAUUAUGUUAAACAUCCUUAUUGCCAUCAUGGCCGAUAUAUAUGCCGCAGCCAAAGUAUUUGGGAAACGAGAAAUCUUGAGAUUGCGUGCAAGAUUCGUGCUAGAUGCAGAAAACUUCGAAUACUUUGGUUUCAGGAAAAGGAGAACGUCACGCUUUCAAGAUGCCGUAAAGAGAAACCCACGAUAUAUGUAUGUUCUUGGUAACCGGCAACAAUUCGAACAAUGGGUUGAGGAAGGGAAAAAAUUUCGAGAACUCACCAAACCGCAAGAAGUUCAAGAAAAGCUAACUGACCACAGUUGGUUUAGGUUGGAGGAUAAUGAUAGUUCAUUAAACAACUCUUAA